AAAACCAGUGAAACCAUCAAGUUAACUGUAUCAGAUAAACCCAGAGCCUCACUGACAUCAGACAACACAGUCAUAGCAGCAGGAGGCAGCGUGACACUGAGCUGCUCUGUGGACGGUUCUGAUGGAUGGAAAUACGACUGGUUCAGAUCAGCAGCUCUGAUCAGAACAAACACUGAAUCUAACAGUAUCAGAAUCACAGAUGGAGGCAACUAUUACUGCAGAGGAGGAAGAGGAAACCGAGUUUACUACACAGAGAACAGUGUCUCAGUAGGUGUUGAGAAAACAGUUUCCAACAAGGCUGCUGUAAAAAGGCAGCAUGACUGGCCUGAGAUAUUCAAAGGAGAGGAGAUCACUCUGACAUGUGAGAUCCAGGCUGGAGGAGACACUGAGUGGGAAUAUGAAUGGACCCGAGGCAACGUAAGAAGAACUGGAGAUGGGAGGAAACUCUGGGUUUUCACUGCUUCUGGUUCCAGUAGUGGAGACUACAAGUGUAGGGGUCGACAGAAAACCCACAGUUAUUCCUCAACAGCAUGGAGUGAUCCUCUACAUUUGACAGUAACAGACUUAACAGCGUCUGAACCAAAGGCUGAACUGAGAAGUAAUGAGACAGACAUCCCAGUAGGGGGCAGUGUGAUGCUGAGCUGCUCUGUGACGUCAUCAUCUGGUUGGAAAUAUUACUGGUACAGAGGAGAUAAAUCCUCUGAGGUCCUGAUUACACAACAUGGUGAAACCAGUGUCUCUCAGGAAGGACUGUACUGGUGCAGAGGAGGAAGAGGAAAACCAGUUUACUACACACAGUACAGUGACUCAGUCACUGUUGAGAAAACAGUUUCCAACAAGGCUGCUGUAAAAAGGCAGCAUGACUGGCCUGAGAUAUUCAAAGGAGAGGAGAUCACUCUGACAUGUGAGAUCCAGGCUGGAGGAGACACUGAGUGGGAAUAUGAAUGGACCCGAGGCAACGUAAGAAGAACUGCAGAUGGGAGGAACCUCUGGGUUUUCACUGCUUCUGGUUCCAGUAGUGGAGACUACAAGUGUAGGGGUCGACAGAAAAACAACAGUUAUUCCUUCACAGCAUGGAGUGAUCCUCUACGUUUGAUAGUAACAGGAUUCUGUCCUGAAUGUCCAUCCUUUUCUGCUUCCUUUGGUGUUGGACUGGUUGUUGGAAUUGCAAUGAUUGUUUUCCUGCAGCCGCUGCUGUUGUUUGUUUGGAGAAAAAUGAAAGCACACAGAAGUGUGAGCACUGAUAAAAGCUCUGCUACACAGCAAACAGUCAACCAGCUUGAACCUCAGCUUUACUCCUCUCUGCUCCACGAUGAUGUUUGUGUCUAUGAAUCAGUCGGAGGCUCUGGAAACAAUGAUGGUGGGACACAUGAUGAUACAGAGGAAGAUCAUGAUUACAACAAUGUGGAUCCAAAUGCAGCCACAGAUUCAUAAACAGAAGUUGAUCAAAACAAGAACCACAAGACGACAAUGUUCUGUUAACAACAUGCUGAGACUGUUUACAGCAUUUAUAAAGUUAUUGUUUUCAUCAGAGCAGUGUUAAAACAGGUGAUAAUAUAAAGUAUAAUACGAUGUGACACAUGUAGAAGAUACAGUAGUAGCUGAAAGUCUUCAAAAGAAACCAGCUGCACUAAAAACAGACAAACCUUCAGAACUCAGAUUUAGCUUCAUCUGUGGCUGCGACAACAAAUCCAUGUCAUCAUCAACAAUAAUGGGUGACAGAAAUAAUGGAUAACGGAUGCAGCAGCGGUAACAAACACUGUGCAUCCAUCCCGUGAAGACGCUUCAUUAAUUCUGCUGUGUAAAAACUUUCUUUCUUACUUCAUUUGUUCCGCAGCGACUUGCGAGCGUCAGACGGCUCCGCAAUCGCUACUUAGUCAUUAACGGCGUCACCAUAGAACAAGUCAACAACCGUGCAGACAAUACAUGUAAAAGCAGCAAAUAACAGCAGCUUUAACACAUGAGGACGUGUUUUUAGUGGUUGUGGCCCCAGAGCCAGAAGGAGCCGGGGGCCUCUGCUGUUUCCAUGGUAACAAAAUAAUGGCUGGCUGCAGCCCCAGCUCUGUCAUUUCAUGUGUCAUAAUAUAAUGUAUGUUUGCUGUUAAUAUUGUUGAAGUGUGAUUCGUUAUGUUUAUUUGAAUAUAGUCUAAAACAUUAUUAUGUUCAGCAUAUUGAUGUUAAAGUUCAUCACCUGGUGGAUGGAAGUUACUUUAGGUGCUUUUUGUUUUUUUCUGUUAUUUUUAGCUUUGGACUAUUGACAAAUAUAUUUAGAUUUACUAUUUUGAGCUGAGCAUGUUUGAAGCAGUACAUCAUCAGCCUGUUCUGUGUAAGAAAUAAUGUAACAAUAAAUGAAAGUGCUGCACGUUUCAUGGAA